GAACUUGAUGACGACAAUGGCGACUGGACGGGUGGAGUUCCCUCAACUUCGACCACUGGGUCGACCGCCAAAGAAAGCGAACACGAUCACUACCGGCUUGAGAGAUUCAUCAAGACUAGUUGACAUCAACUUGAGUUCUCGCUUGAUUAAUCGUUUGCCGGCCACCAUUUCGUCAACGAGCGUUGAUGAAGAUGCGCCGGUGUGUGAAGACCCAUCCCCUCCUCGUCAUUUCUCUCUUCAGGGUCAGCCGAAGAAUAAAACCGCCGAGAAGCGACUUCAGUUCUACAAACGAAUGAGCAGUCGUAAUUUAAUCGGAGUUCAAAACGCGGUUGAAACCACUACUCCCGGGAACCUUGAUAGCCAUAAGGUUGGAGAAAAAGAGGAGAGGGCGCGACGGCCGUUUACGCGUUCGGAGAGUUUCCGACUUGGAGCUAUCAAGGAACUCGCCAAGCAAAACAGCUCUCUGAGUGACAUUUACGACGACAGUGCGUACUUACGACGAUCGAGUAAUUUCAGCGAUGGAACAGUAGAUGUAGUCAAAACGCGCUCCGUGCCUCGACCGCGAGGAAAGUCUCUCACAAAACAAAUAAGUCUUCUCAGUCUUCGCUCGAACACGUCGACGAUGUCAUUGAUGAGUUUAGACAAGGUUGGAAGGAGUGGGAGAAGGAGAAGCAGAGGUAGCUUUAAUCCAAGGUCGGGCUCACGAACUAGGAAGUCAGGUCGACAGGGAGAAUCACCAUCGCGCAUUGGCGGGAGACUGAGCAGAAGAUCGCAACUCAAGGCUAUCGCUCCUCCUCCAAGUUUGUUAAAGCACCGUUUUAUGAAGGCUGUUAGACUUCUCCAGCUAAUCAACCGCUCGUUUCAGAUCAACAAAAGAAGCCGUUAUGUGAGGGAACAAGACGCCGAGAGUGUCGGUCUGGGUAGCCAUUCUCCUUCUAAGAAAGAAGUAGGAAUCUUCUUCGAUCUUAAUCACUUCAAGGCGAGAAAAGAGGGUCAGCUCAGUUUGGACGUUAAACGGAUUUUAAUGAAGGAACCAUGUGACAGGAGUCAUGAAGAAGUAAAGAAGACAUUGGUUUCACUUCGUACUACUCUGGACGCUUUCUGCGAGUUUCCAGUUCAAAUGCAACAAUCUAUCGCAAAAUUUGGAUUCUAUAACAAGCUUGAGAAACGUCGCGUGAUCGUACGGGAAGGUCAUCGAGCAGAUAAUUUUCACCUGAUGUUAUCAGGUACAGCGAUCGUCACCACAACCACCCGGGAUGAACAAACUCAAGAACCAAGGGUUAAACUUGUCAACUUCAUCAAGAGAGGAAAUACUUUCGGAGAACGAGAACUGAUGACUGGGGUUGUGAGACCACACACCAUAGUAUCUCACGAGGAAGUGGAAUUACUUAGCCUAGAUAGAGAGGAAUAUAUGACAAUCUUCACACCUAAGAACGAGCUUGAGAUCGAGCAGGACGUCGAUGUGGCCAGUUUUCUUCGUACGAUCACGGUUUUUAAUGAUUGGCCUGUCGAGAAGCUACCGAAGAACAACCCUGCUAUCUGUCUUCUCACCUACUUUAGAAAGGGCGCGGUGGUUUGCCUGAACAGCAACAAGACGGAAUGGAUUUAUAUCGUCAAAUCUGGAGCUUGUCAAGUGCUAAAAGAACUCAAAGAACCUAUAACUACAACUCCACGCAAGACAAAGGGGAUAGAACCUCACAGGAAGAAACUAACAACUCACAAAGCAAAUCGCAGAAAGAAACUGAAGUUACCUCCCAUCAUCAAAGUCACGGAAGACGACCAACCCUCAUCCACCUCUUGGCCCUCUAGCCCCGCCCCUAGCAUCAGAGAUGACGUCAGCACAGCAAGCAUUGGAAGUGAUGGGGAGCCGAAGGUAUCCAAGGAGAAAGGAAGGUUUUACAGGGCAGCUAAAACGGUUUUCUCCACCGAGGUACAACUCAGACAGAAGCUGGACUGUAUUGGAAACGCCGAGGAACACAUCUCAUUGUUGGAUAACAUUAAUGCCCGGAGUCGCAGCCCUCGCCUCGCUGAUUUAACGACAACGUUGAUGGCGUCCAUGGCUUCUGAUGCUGGUAGUACACGAGAUUGUGACGAGAGGAAUUCAAUCUUUCUUAAACUCAGACGAUGUGUUUCGGGUGAAGUUUUCGGGCUCAACUCAGUCCUCUUCAAGUCUGUUGGGGGCUCCCCUAGUUUAACUCUGACGUCAGAAGGAGCCGAGUGUAUCCUCAUCUCUAAGAGUUUCUUCCUGCAGCACCUAACUGAGACAGCCAAAGAUCAUCUACUUCGUACCGUCCCUCCGUGGCCGGCUGAAGCUCGUUUACAAGAAUUACUUCAAGAACACGCUGAUUGGGAUAAAUAUAAAUCAGCUAUGAUCGGAGAUAUCAUCACAUUCAACAAGAAGGUAGCCACUGGUAUAAUCUGAUGAGUUUAUCAUGGACAUGGUCAUCUCAAUGUCGACGCCAAAGACUGCAUUUGUGUCACUGGUGCAGAAUUUACGAAAAAGUGCGCGGGGGGUGUCAUAAAGCUGUUCGUUAGAUUCGAAUGAUUUUACACACACGACCGGUGACCAUUUCUUUUCCUAAUCCCUGUGUACCAGGCUUAGCACUUAUAAGAACAAGUUUCAAUUGUGCGUUAACUUUUACUUUUCGAACAGCUAUACUAAAUACCCACCCAGCCGCUUUUAAGGGGAAGUUCACCCUGUCAAAAAGUUUAAUGUAAAAAAUA